AUGACCAUGCAUGCGUGCUUCAAGUUGCCCCAGCUCCUGACCACCUGCAGCAGAUUUUGGGUCCCCUGCUCCAACCUCUUGCGGCUGUCUUUGCAGAGUAUGGAGGUCAGGGACUCGUGCAGCUACGACCGAGGAGAGGUGUUGGGGAGGCCUGUCAAGGGCCUCUUGCUCGGCGAGGGGACAGAACCAGGGGCAAGGGCAGUCUUGGACGAUGCGGCUGCCCAGGGGGUGGAACGCACAGUCGAGGUGCGGGUGACGCCAAUGAGCGAGGCCGGCCGCAUAACGAACGUGAUCUGGGUGCACCGGGACGUGACCGAGGUGGCGGAGCAGCAGCACAUGCUGGCGCUGCGCAGCCGCGUGCUCAACUUCAUGUCCGACGGCAUCUUUAUUGCCGACUGCGCCGGGCGCCUCAUGCACACCAACCAGGGCUUCGCGCGCCUCACCGGCUACGAGCAGAUCGAGGCCGUCGGCCGCCCCUGGACCUUCCUGCUGGCCGAUGACGCGGAUACAGCGUUGGCGGGGAGUGUGUGGGCGGCCUUCGCGGCGGGGGCCGCUGUCAGCGUGGACUUGCUGCUGCGCACCAAGGGGGACACGCGGCUGUGGGGGCAGAUCAGCUUCACGCCUGUGCUCUCAGAGAUUGACGGCACCGUGGAAAACCAUGUGGGUGUAAUUACGGACAUUACGGCGCGCAAGUCUACGGCGGAGGCAAUGCACCUGUGCGACAAGGCACUGGCGGCCACGUCGGAGGCGACGCUCAUCACGGAUGCCGCCCAGCCCGACAAUCCCAUCAUUUACGUCAACUCCGGCUUCAUCAAGCUGCUCGGGUACACGAUGGGGGAGGUGGUGGGGCGCAAUGCUCGGUUCAUGCAGGGGCCGGACUCGGACCCGGAGGCGGUGGCGGAGCUGCGGGACGCGGUGCGCACCGGCCGCGCCACCGUCGUCGAGCUCAUCAACCUGCGCAAGGACGGCUCCCGCUUCUGGAACCAGGCGCGCCCCCUGCUGCGAUUCUGUCCUGGUUUUGUGUCCAUGACGCCCAUCAAGGACAGCUCGGGGUUUGUGACCAAUUUCGUGGGCGUGCUGCAAGACGUGACGGAGCGCAAGGCCUCGGAGGCCGCCUUCAAGCUGCGUGACCACGCCCUCUCCAAUCUCAACGAGGGCAUCACGAUCGCGGACCCGAACUUGCCGGACUGCCCGCUCAUGUAUGUGAACGAGGCGUUCUGCCGCAUGACGGGGUAUGCGCGCGAAGAGAUCAUUGGCCGCAACUGCCGCUUUCUGCAGGGGCCUGACACCGACCCGGCAUCUGUCGUGCGCAUCCGCGAGGCCCUGGAACAGAAGCGGGAGGUGAGCCUGGAGAUUCUGAACUACAAGAAGAACGGCGACAAGUUCUGGAACCUGCUGAGCAUGAUGCCGGUGUGCAACGCUGCGGGCGCGGUGGUCUCCUUCAUCGGCGUGCAGUCAGACAUCACCGAGCUCAUCCGCCGCAAGCACGCCGAACGCGAGCUGCAGCAGGCCAAGGUGGCGGCGGAGACGGCGACGGAGGCGAAGAGCAUGUUUCUGGCCAACAUGAGCCACGAGAUCCGCACGCCCCUCAACGGCAUGAUCGCCGUCGCGCAGCUGCUCCUCUCCACCAACCUCACCCCCGAGCAGCGGGAGCUGGCGGAGACGAUCCUGGACAGCGGGGACACGCUGCUGACCAUCCUGGGCGACAUCCUGGACUUCUCCAAGAUCGACCACAACUCCAUGGUCCUUGAAUCCGCCCCGGUGUCGCUGAGGGACGUGAUAAGUUCGACGGUGGAGAUGGUGGCGGCUGACGCGACGAAGAAGGGGCUGGACCUGGCUUACACGAUGGACGACGCCCUCCUGCGCCGCACCGUCCUCGGAGACGCCAUCCGCAUCCGCCAGGUGCUGGCAAACAUUCUGGCGAACGCGGUCAAGUUCACACAGAGGGGCGAAGUGGUGGUCACGGCGACGUGCGCGGACGCAUCGGCGGCGCUGCCGAGCGCGGCGGCCGGCCGCGGUGGCGACGGCCCCGGGGACGUGUGCGCGGGGCGGCAGCUGGUGCACGUGGCCAUCCGCGACACGGGCAUCGGCAUCAGCGAGGACUCCAUGAAGAAGCUCUUCCAGUGCUUUCGCCAGGGCAGCGAGUCGAUGAGCCGCAAGUACGGCGGCACAGGGCUGGGCCUGGUGAUAUCCAAGCGGCUGACUGAGCUGAUGGGGGGCACCACAUGGGUGGAGUCGACUGUGGGCAAGGGUUCCAUCUUCCACUUCACCAUGCUGCUGGUGUGGGCCGACGAGGCGCCCCCCGAGUCCCCCCGGCCCUUGGGUCCCCUCCCCCAGAUUGAGCACCCCUCCCCCGCCACCAAAGGCAUAUCGUGGCAGCUGCCGGUGGCGACGUCGGCGGCGAACGGGUGGCGGCAGCUGGACGACAACGCGCAGUGGACGGGCCCCAGCAUGGCCGAGUGCGCGCAGCUCUCCGGCCGCCGCGCCGUCGUCGACAUCCUGCACCAGCCCACCGCCCUGCAGGCGCGCCGCGGGCAGGUGGCGCAGAGCUGCCGGAUGCUGUGCAUGGAGGCAGACAUCGGGUGCGCGGUGGGCUGCAGUGACAAGUACGACUUCGCCAUCGUCGGCGUGGAUGAGGCCGUUGCGGGUCUCAGGGGUGGGUGGAAGGGGCGUCCGGUGGUGGUGCUGGGGCAGAAGGAGGGGGUGCCGAUGGGGCUGCACCCGCUCGUGUCCAUGGUCGCGCGCCCCGUCAAGCACGUCCGCCUCGUCACCGCCCUGCUCAAGGCCAUAGCCCUCAUGCGCUCCAAGGCCCAGCACGUGCCGCUGCACGGGACGGCGAGCGCGCGGGCGGCGGCGGCGGCGAUUGACGCGUUCCACAUCGGCGGCGGCGAGGAGCCCAGCCGGCGGCGCGGGCGCGACCAGACGCUAGCGCAGCAGCAGCGCAGCGCAACCGCGCGCCGCCGCAUGAGCCUCGACAACUCCGCCCUCGACUUCGGCCAGUCCGACGGGACUGCCAAGGCGCGGCAGGGCCGCAGGAACAACCCGAGCCGCACAAGCUUUGCGUACGACACAAUCGAGGAAGAAGAGCAGCGCGCGCAGGGCAGCUGCUCCUCUUCGCCCCCCGCCAACAAAUUCAAUGGUGCGCAGCAGCGGUUGCGGACGAGAAUGGAGGUGGACGAGAAGAACAGCAUGAGCAGCAACUCCAGCAUGCAGUCCUGCCACACCACCGUCUCCGCACACAGCAACAACAGCAACAGCAAUAGCAACAGCAGCAACAGCAGCAGCAUCAACGCCGCCGACAAAGAUCAGCCGGUUGCGCCGGCCGCACCGGCCGCACCGGCCGCACAGGCCGAGCGAAGCAAUUCCGCGCAGCCACCCUCGGAAUCGUGCAAAAGAAGCCACGGCGGCUCGCAGGACCGCACGCGCGCCUCGAGGGACAACGCCGAGAGAGGCUGGAGCAGCGGCCCGCCGCGGUUGACCGGCGGCGGCAGCGGUGCGGCGGCUGCGGCGACCGAGCGGUCGCCGUCGCCGGGGGGCGCUCUGCGCGUGCUUGUGGCGGAGGACAACCUGGUGAAUCAGAAGGUGCUGCUCAAGGUGCUGCAGCGCGUGACGCCCGAGAGCAAAGUCUUCGUCGCCAACAACGGCCAGGAAGCCCUGCAGGAAAUGGAGAAGAACGUGUACGACAUAGUGCUGAUGGACGUGCACAUGCCCAUCAUCGACGGUCUGGAGGCCUCGCGGCGCAUACGGGACAUAUACCCGGAAGAGGACCGGCCCAAAAUCGUGGCGCUGUCCGCUGACACAACGCAGGCAUGCACACUCUCCCAGCCUAUCUUUGAAUCAGGAGAGAUUGCGUACAUGAAAGAUAUGCAGUCGCAGGGCAAGGACGUCGGCAUUCACCAAUUCAUCUGCAAGCCAUUCAGGAUUGAGGAGCUGCAGCGUGUGCUUAAUUCAACGUCCCGUGUGAAGCGCGUGCUGCCUUCCUGAUCCUCAGAUUAUGAAGAAGCAGCGACUGAAGAUUAUUUUGAAUCAGGAGCCUGGGGUUCACUUCUUUUUUGCGAAGGGUGGAGCAGCAUGGCUCUGUCCUUGGCGCAUUCACUGUAUUGAGUUGAAAAUGGGAACGUUGUAAAAGCUGUAGGUUUUUACAAGGUGUUGUCAGUCAUUAUGCCCUCUUUUGAGGCUGGCAGCUGAGAGGGUCAUGAGAGUGUGUUUCACAUUUAAUCAGGACCCUGGGGAUUACUUCUUUUUUGCAAAGGGUGGAGCAGCAUGGCUCUGUCCUUGGCGCAUUCGCUGUAUUGAGUUGAAAAUGGGAAUGUUGUAAAAGCUGUAGGUUUUUACAAGGUUUUGUCAGUCAUUAUGCCCUCUUUUGAGGCUGGCAGCUGAGAGGGUCAUGAAGAGUGUGUUUCACAUUUUAGUUUGUGGCCAAGUACUCUUACCAUUUUUUCAGGUGCAGCUCGUCCAGCACUUCUGCUGAUGUUGGAACGGCAGACACUAAUUUUUUGGGGCAAAGACUCUGGCAUUUCAAUUUUGGAAGAAAGGCUGGCGAGCUAACUGCACCAUUGAGCGACGCAGAAAAAAUGCAACAGAACAGUUUCAAGACAACAUUGCCUGGUUAAGUGAGUACUUUCCGUCCAUGUUGCUGUUAGUGCGUUUGAGUACCUGGAGUAUUGGUCACAAGGAUACCAAUCAUUAUUUGGGCACUGUCAUGUCUAAAUGCUGCGCAUUUGUAGGUGUGGUGAAUACUGGUAAUUGUAUUGCUGCAUUU